AUGGCAGUCCGGUCAAACUCACAGCAGGCCGUGUUCUCGUCGUACGCGCCUCGCCUGCGCACAUACAACAACGCUCUCCUCCAGCCCAUUCUCCCCGGCUCCGGCCAGGGCCCGCUGUCGCGCACCACCAAGCGCGGUACUGCCAUCAUAAACUAUGCCGAGGACGGCUAUGAUGAUCUCGACGACGAUGAGGAUGAUGGUCGCCGGCGCCCGACCGGCCUGCGCAGCUUGCGCCGCGACGACAGCACCUCUAAGGUCGACCCCAGCGAGAAAGUCGGCAAGGAUACGUCGGUGCCUGUCGAGAUGCAGGGCUAUUGGCGCGACUGGAUGGGUAAGAACAAGCCCAAUCGGUCAGAUGUCCAUAACUAUGUGCAGGCUUGUCUUCCACUCACCCUCAUCCCCAUCCGCAUCGACCUCGAUAUCCCGUCUUUCACUCCACAACCCCCACUGCCGCCCGUUCCCGGCGGUUCCGUCGACAAUACUCAUCCUCUUUACAAACCUCAGGAACCGACAGUGCCAUACCGUUUGCGUGAUACCUUCUUGUGGAAUCUUCACGAAAGUUUAAUCACAACGGACUACUUCGCCACGCAGCUGGUCCAGGACCUCGACCUGCCCAACAAACAGCAGACCAUCGCAGAGAUCAGCAAACAGAUUCGCACUCAACUCGAGGAAUAUGCCGGCGUUGCUCUUCACCCUCUCUUUCAUGCGCGCACAAACCGUGCCAAGGCGACCGCAGAUAAUACGACCAAGGGGACGACUCCUGCACCGAACCAGGCUCAGGGAGCCAGCAGAGCCGACACCCCUAACGCUCCCACAACAUCUUUCAAGCCUGGAGCUGCCGGCUCCUCGGUGGUGCAGACGGCCCAAGGCGAGGUCUCGGCCCGAGCAACCCCCAUUCCCCCAGAGGCGGGCGACGACAGCCCGGACGACACAUACCGCUGCAUCAUCAAUCUUAACAUCACCCUUUCAUCACAGGUCUACACCGACAAAUUCGAGUGGUCGCUCCUGCAUCCUCCUGGCACUGCUGAAAUUUUUGCCAAGCAAACCUGCGCCGAUCUGGGCCUCUACGGCGAAUGGGUGCCUGCUCUGACGCAUGCCAUUUACGAGGCCGUGCUCAAGCUCAAGAAAGAGGCCUGCGAAGCUGGAGGGCUUGUCGCUGGAUGGACCGCUUUCGGCAGUGGCACCCUCGCCGGCGGUGCCGGCACCGAGUUCCCCAACGAUGCAGCCCCUACCGCGGGAGGCGAAGGCGCCGGCUGGCGCUAUGAUCCCGAGCACCUGGCUGAAGAAUGGGAACCUAAACUGGAAACCCUUAGCAAGGAAGAGAUUGAAAAGCGUGAGGGCGACCGCGAGCGUCAAAUCCGUCGUUUGCGUCGUGAGACGGCCCGUUUUAGCAGUAACACGGGCAUGGCUGGUGGUAUUCCUAUCGGCUUUGCCUUUGGCAGCUUGAUUGAGCAGGAGCAGGAGGAGCGCCUGGCCAAGCUACGGCGUCGCAGGCGCUUCCGGAGCCCGUCGCCUGGUCGAGAUUCGGUUGCCCCCGGAAGGGGUACGCCUGCUGCUGGAGGCGCAGGUGGCGGCGGAGCAGAAGGGUAUGGAGGUGGCGGUGGUACGCUUACGGAAGCGGAGAGGACGACUUGGCGGUGCUCUCAUUGUAGGGUGUGGGGCACGAGUGUGUGGGCGGUUAGGGACGGGCCGUUCGGGCCGAGGUCCCUUUGCAACAACUGCGGCUUUAUGUACGAGCGCGACCGCAAGCUUCCCCGCUGGACCAAGAUGCUGCAUGCCAACGAUCCCCGGCCGUUCUAG